AUGCCUUCAUACUCCAAGUUCCUCAAAGAUGUUCUCACCAACAAGAGGAAGCUCAAUGAUGAGCUCAUAACUCUUCCCCAUCAAGUGAGUGCACUUGUCCAACAUAAGAUGCCCAAGAAGGAAAAGGAUCUGGGAAGCUUCACUUUUCCGGUAAAAAUUAGAAACAUGGAGGCUAGGGGUGCCUUAGCCGAUCUUGGAGCAGUGAUGGAUAUGGAGGAAGAUGUUGACACUCCUUUGAUCUUGGGUCGUGAAGCUCUUAAAACUUUGGGGGCGGUCAUUAAUUGCAAGAACAACACCAUCACAUGUGAAGUGGCCGAUGAGAAGAUUGUAUUUGAGUUCUCUAAGUUGCUCAAGACCCCCAUGGUUGAGAAAUGCUAUAGAGUGGAUAAUGAAGAGUUGGAUCGUUUUGGAAGGGUCAUGAUGAAGCCCCAAGAUGCUAUGGUUGAAGCUCUUACAUGCAAGGAAGAGUACCAUUCACAAGAGGCUAAAGAGCUAGUCGUGGCCGUGGAAGAAGCUUCCAAGGAGGAUGAGGUUGAACAACAACGAGAGGUUAUGCUUGAGCAUAAGAAGGAGAAAUUGGAGGAGAGUUUUGGGCACCUUUUGUUAAAGGAAGAUGAGCUAUUCUUGGUCAAGGAGUGA